CGCGCUCGGCUCACAAGACUCCCUCCCCGCACCGAGCCGCUGCCAGUCGACGCGUAAAGAGCGCUGCGAGUGCUGCAGCUCGGUGGUCCAGCAGCUGCAGGACAACGUCAACACCGUCAUCUCGAGCCGCCCAGUGUCGGGCCGGCCUCAACAGACCUUCAAGUCGGGAACCUUCGCCUGCCCAGAGAUGGGGUUGGUGUCGCGGCUGCCGCCGCUGAUGCUGCUGCCACUGCUGCUGGCGACCUGCCGGGCCAGCCUGCUGGUGGCGGACUCGCACGACGGCCGCCUGCGCGUCGUGGAGCUGCACGGCGCCGGCCCGACCUGCACGCUGUACGGCGACCGGCGCGCCGCGGAGCACAGGCUGUCCACGGUCGACCCGCGCCGCGUGAGCAACAGCUCCCCGGAGCAGUUCGACGCCCUGGUGCGCGCCUGCCACGAGCACCACCGCAACCACCUCGGCGGCGGGGGCGGGGGCGGAGGCGGGCCGCUGGGCCCGAGCCCCGGGGGUCUGCGACAGACGGGCUUCAUCUAUCCAGGGACGAAGUGGUGCGGUCCCGGCAGCACGGCCCAACACUACGAGGACCUGGGCUACCACGAGGCCGAGGACGCGUGCUGCCGCGAGCACGACCACUGCCCGGCCAUCCUAGAGGCGGGCCAGUGCGCCCAGGGACUCUGCAACAACGCCAUCUACACCAAGUCUCACUGCGACUGCGACGCCCGUUUCCGGCGGUGUCUCCGCAGCGUCGGGUCCGAGACGUCCAACCUCAUCGGAUCCAUCUUCUUCAACGUGGUGCAGGUGUCUUGCUUCAAGGAGAAGCGACCCUGCUACUCCGAAGACGUGGAUGACAGGAGCGGGCGCUGCCGCAUGCGCUUCCACGCGCAGGCGCGCUACGAGGAGUUCGGGGGAGCCGGGGGCUACGCAUCGGGCCCGUCCGGCCUUGUGUCUAACCUCCUCAGCUCCAUCCUCCCGUUCAGAAGACGAUGAGCGAACCAGGAUCGCACCGCACUCUCCACUUCCCAAGUUGUUCCUUUACUGCGAGUAUUUAAGUAGCGAUAUAAGUGUGUUCUUCGGUCAGACAAGGACCGGCAGCUGGUGUGCAUUCCACCAAGAACUUUCCUUACUUGAUGUUUAGUGUAGUGAGCGAGAAGAUGUGUUCGGUGAUAUUGACAUAUCCCAAGACGGAGUAUAUUCCUGUUACCCAGACGGUGACUUUGGAACUUUGUAAGUGACUUGUGAUACUACAUUAGGAAUGCAGCUAUUAAAACUGUAUGUGUCUGUGAUAGAAAGCAAGAGGCGGAGUACAGCCGCUCAACUGCGACAGAAAACGAAAUAAAUCCGAUUUUUUUUA